CUUCAAAUGCUAUCCGUGGAUGGGCGGCUCAUUGUCAGGAGAGCUGCGGAGCGAGCAAGAGGAAGAGAACGCAGGUUCAGGUACGGCUGCAGCAACUCUUCCACCUGAGCAUCACAGAGAAGCGUCUCAGCUGGUAGAAGAUGGACAAAGAUGCUGUGAACUUCCCGCCGGGUGGAAGUCCUUCCUUCAGAGAUGAGCCGACACAAACACCUCAGCGUGGUUUCUUCUUGAGCCCAGUCCCACUUUACAUCAAGCCCCAGAGGUUUCCCCCACCCAGCUACCCGAGCAUAGCGCCCACCGCAGGCGCCUACGGUGCCUUCAGCCCGCCGGCUUUUUUCCGCACGCCGGGCUUCGGUUACGGUCAGAAAGAGGAAUCUCGUCGACGUAAACGAGCUCCUCUCGAAACAGAUGGAGGAGAAUCAGCUGAUGGAGAAGAAGAGGCAGAAGACAGCAGCAGCAGUAAGGGGACAUUGGACCUGCAUGUCCCCAUCGCCCUUCCACCUCGCUCUAUCUCCUCCCCAUCUUCUAAACCAAUCCCUGGGAUGAUUGAACUGAACCGGCCUCACCACCGAUCACUAGCUUUGAAUCUACCUGUGCAGGUGAAGCAGGAGUCUUUAAGUCCAUCCCCUGUUUGGCCCCCCUCCCCGCUCUUUCUUCAUCCUCCCUACUUCCCACCUGUCCCCCACAGUCGUUUCCCAUACCCUUUCCUCUUACCUGGGCCUGUUAUGCACCUCCCCCCCGGUGGUUUCUACCCCAGACAGGACCGUCGCUUGGGCCAGCCAGCCCGUGACGACGCUCCUCGAAGCGGGACAACCAACCCUGAGAAGUUGGGUCUCAACGUUCACGUGGACGACAGCUAUUAUGUGGACGUUGGAGGGGACCAGAAGAGGUGGAAGUGCCGGAUGUGUGAGAAGUCAUACACCUCCAAGUACAACUUGGUCACACACAUUCUGGGCCACAAUGGCAUCAAGCCUCAUGGGUGUCACCUGUGUGGAAAGUUGUUCAAGCAGCUGAGCCACCUGCACACACACCUGCUCACACACCAGGGCAUGAGGCCCCACAAGUGUCAGGUGUGUCACAAGGCCUUCACUCAGACCAGUCAUCUGAAGAGACACAUGAUGCAGCACAGUGACGUGAAACCAUACAGCUGCAGUGUAUGUGGCCGAGGAUUUGCGUAUCCCAGUGAGCUUCGUGCUCACGAGCUGAAGCAUGAAAAGGGGCAGGAGAACGUGUGUGUGGAGUGUGGGCUAGACUUCCCAACUCUGGCUCAACUAAAGAGGCAUCUGACUGUCCAUCGAGGUCCAGCAUUGUAUAGGUGCACAGAGUGCCAGAAGACUUUCCAGUAUCCAAGUCAGCUUCAGAACCACAUGAUGAAACACAAAGACAUCAGACCGUACAUCUGCAGCGAGUGUGGGAUGGAGUUCAUCCAGUCACACCACCUGAAGCAGCACACGCUCACUCACAAAGGGGUGAAGGAACACAAGUGUCGGAUCUGCGGUCGUGAGUUCACGCUGUUGGCCAACAUGAAGCGCCACAUCCUCAUCCACACCAACAUAAGGGCCUACCAGUGCCACAUGUGCUUCAAGAGUUUUGUCCAAAAGCAGACACUAAAGGCUCACAUGAUAGUCCACUCAGACAUCAAACCCUAUAAAUGCAAGCUUUGUGGGAAAGAGUUUAAUAGGAUGCACAACCUGAUGGGCCACAUGCAUCUCCACUCAGACAGCAAACCCUUCAAAUGCCUCUACUGCCCGAGCAAGUUCACCUUGAAAGGGAACCUCACCAGACACAUGAAGGUUAAACACGGAGUCAUGGACAGAGGUUUGGACGAAAGACUGUUUCGUCAACGAGGGCGGUACUGCAUGUCCACUCCAAUGGAGCUUCUCUCCCACUUCGGCCAAGAGGAGCCGUUUGACCUCUCGCAGAAAGACUCGAGCCUGCAGGGCCUCCGUCUCUCCCAGUCGGAUGGUGAAAGCCUCCCAGGUAGCUCCUGUCAGGAGGAAGAUGAAGAGAGUUUGUACAGGAGGAGCCAGUACAGUCCUGAGGUGGAUCAGCAAGAGCCUGGAGGCGAGGGCCGUUACAUCCCAGAGACGGAAGAGCAAGGACAGGGGGGUCCUGGUAAACGGACACCGGGGAAGACCCCCAAACGAAGGAAGUACCAGCAAAGUUCAGAGGAUGAGGCUUUUGAAGGGGGGACGACAGCAAAAAGACGGGCUGGAGCUCUCAGGAGACACCCGAAGGACACCUCAGAGUCAGAGACGUCGUUUGAAUCGUACGCAGACGAGCAGGAGUACCGGCUGGAAAAGGUCGGCGGGUCAUCCUUUACGUACGAAUCGGUCUCUGAAGAUGAGGAGCUGGACGAGCAUGAGCAAAGCAGGCAGGCGGACGAGCUGGAGAGAGAUCGGUGAUUAACGUUUGAACAUGAGAAGUUACAAGUCAUGACAAUAACAGAAGAUGAUACAGAUUUUACGGAAUUUUUUUCCACACAGGAAGACAGGGAGGAUGCUCAGGAGACACUCGCGUGAGGAGAAAAGUAGGAAUUUAGGUUCAAAGCCAUGAAAACAAAUCAGACAAUUAAACAGUGGAAGCUGUGGCACGUAUUGUCAUCACGAAGGCCUAGUCCACACGUAGCCGGGUUUUUUUUUUAAACGAAUAUUCGCCCCUCCAAAAACUUGCAUCCACACCACCUCGUUUAAAAAAAAAAACUCUGUCCACACGUACCCGGAUAAAUACGUUGUUAAGGACAUGCCAGACCUGUAGGCGGCAGUACUUCCCCUGUUCUUAACCUCGUCCUUCGUCUGUGGUCUUCCACAAGGAGCAGUAAUUCCUCUUGCAAAAACAAACAAGCAGAAAGCGCUUGAACAAUUGAUAAAGCGAGCGCAGCUCUGAGGGCUUCCAUGAUGCCGGCUAGUGUAAACACAGGUCGCACACGUGAAGUCAGCAUUUUUUUUGUCGCGGAAAGUGACGUUGCAGACCUUAAAACUCCGGUUUUGUCCGUCCACACGCAGACACCCAAAACGGAGAAAACGCAGAUCAGCCGGAGUUUUUAAAAAACUCUGUUUUUGUGUGAAAAAACUCCGUUUUCGUGUGGAUGACAGGCCAAAACGUAGAAAAAUAUCUACGUUUUGGCAGACCCCCGGCUACGUGUGGACAGGGCCGAAGCCACCAACUUGAUUUAGAUUUAGGAGGAAACGUUUUAUUUUGUAAAUAAAAACUUUUGAAUGCAAUUUUACUUUAUUUCUGCUUCAUUAAAUAAAAACAUGUGAAUCGCUGAUUAUUUGUGCACGCUUAGAGGUCAGCUCUGGCCUUUUCUGGGAGAUUGUGUUGAUUAUAAACAAAUCUGUAAAUUAAAGCAAGCUGUGAUUAUGUCUGAUGUUGAAAUCAACAUGAUUUUGUAUACAUUUAUUGACUGAUGUUCCUGUUUUUUAUUCCAUGACACUGUAAAAAUUGCAAUUAGAACCUGAUUCUACUGAUUAAAAGUAAAUACAUGCACACAC